AUGCAUCCCCUCCAAGCCCGGCCUUCUCGACUAGGCGUUGUCUCGAUCAAAACUUUCGACUCUCCGUUCGUCUCCGUCCCAUGCGACAUAUUGUCGAUUGCUCCUUCGGACUUACGGUUCCUUCAGGAAAAUAAAAUAGGACAUGACUUCCACGCAAGCUUUGUAAGAUUCAUGUGGCGUCAACAGGAAACUGCGCACACUCCAAAAAUGAAGCAGAACAGUGAUGAGUCAAGAGACAUUCGCCAUCACACCCUGCCGGUGAGUCUACGGUAUUAG